AGAUUUGUUUAAUCUAUAGUCUCAGUGUAUGGUUAAAGCUACAUAAAGGAAAAGUAAAUACUAGUAUCUGAAAAGGAAAAAUAUAGACUAUGCAUGUAUAUACCAUGUAAUUAGGAUUUAUUACCUAAUGUAGAUAGGUUUCAGACAUAAUAUAUAUAACUUACAUCAUAUAGUAUUUAAACUUAAAAAAUGGAACUAUCAACACUUUCACCUGAACUGGACAGAAAUAAAUCAGAAAUGGAAAAUGAACUUCUUAUUAAACUUGGUGUCAAGAAAGAAGAGUUUGACUGGCAUCCGGACAUUAUAGACCGUAAAUCAGAGCGUCCUAAGUCAUAUAUUCAUAUUGAGUAUCCUUUGGAUAUCAAAGUCGGACGACCGAAAAAUGAUACAACAGAACAGAAUCGUAAUCCAUGGUAUUGCAACAACCAAGCUCUCAGGCAAAUGACAAUGGUUUCAAGACACGGCCCAAGAAGUUUAUAUUUCAACAAGCAUCGAACAAUGUCAAAUACUGUCAAUAUUCUACGUAUUUAACAAAUUAUUUAUAUU